CCACGUGUCACAUUGAUUCCUUUUCUUAACCGUGAAAAAAUGAAUUUCCUAUGCUCAUUUUCAGUUUCAGAAGUUGAACUCUUGGAGUGUAAACCUCAAAAUCAUUCAAGUUAAUGCUUUUCUGUGCAAAUUCGAACCAACCAUGGAACUCCACACACCCCACACUUGUUCUCCUCCCAAAAUGCAGGACUCCAAUGGACGUGAGCCAAAUUCACGCGCGAAUUAUAACGACUGGUUUCAUCAAAAACACUUCUUUAACCACCAAGCUCAUACUCAGCUUCUGCUCUUCACCGUGUCGACCCCUCGUUCGAUUUGCUCGAUUCCUUUUCUUGUCGGAACACGCUCGCCGAAAUCGAAAAACCCAAGUAGGCCCUUUCCUUUGGAAUGCGAUUAUCAAGACUUUCUCUCAUGGGGAUGACCCAAAACAAGCUGUUGUAAUCUUUUCUUUGAUGCUUGAAAAUGGGGUUCGUGUUGAUGAGUUCUCGUUUUCUUUGGCUUUGAAAGCAUGUUCUAGAAUGGGUUUGAUCAAGGAAGGAAUGCAGAUUCAUGGGCUGAUGAGGAAGCUCGAGGUUGAGGUUGGUGUGUAUUUGCAAAAUUGUUUGCUUUGUUUUUAUUUGCGAUGUGGCCAUCUUGAAUGUGCUCGUCAACUGUUUGAUAGAAUGCCGGAGAGGGAUUCAGUUUCGUUCAACUCGAUGAUAGAUGGGUAUAUGAAGUGUGGGAUGGUAAAUUUUGCACGUGAGUUGUUUGAUUGUAUGCCGGAAGAGAUGAAGAAUUUGAUUUCUUGGAAUUCGAUGAUUAAUGGGUAUGCGCAAUCGGAAGAUCAUUUUGCAGUUGCUUGGGAGAUAUUUAUGCGAAUGCCUGAAAGAGACUUGGUUUCUUGGAAUUUGAUGAUUGAUGGCUGUGUAAAGUGUGGGAAGAUGGAGGUUGCUCAUGCUUUGUUCAACCAGAUGCCAGAAAGGGAUGUGGUCAGUUGGGCCAUUGUGAUUGAUGGUUAUGCAAAAUUGGGCAGUGUUGACAUUGCUACGGUUUUGUUUAAUGAGAUGCCUGAAAAGGAUGUAAUUUCUUGCAACACAAUGAUGGCUGGAUACGUUGAAAACGGGCAUUUCAUGGAAGCAUUGAAAAUCUUCCAGGAUAUGUUAAGCCAAAGCAAGCUGUAUCCUGAUACUACCACUUUGUUGAUUGCUCUCUCUGCAAUUGCCCAAUUAGGAAACUUUGAUGAAGGGGUCACAUUACACCGCUUUAUAGAGGAAAAUGGGUUUAUUUUGAGUGGAAAACUGGGCGUUGCCCUCAUAGACAUGUAUUCAAAGUGUGGCAGCAUAGAAAAUGCUCUGUUGGUAUUUGAGAAUAUAGAGGAGAAAAGUGUUGGUCAUUGGAAUGCUAUGAUUGGGGGGUUGGGCAUUCAUGGCUUGGGCGAAUUGGCAUUUGAAUUGUUCAUCGAGAUGGAGAGGCUUUCUCUAAAACCAGAUGAUAUCACAUUUAUUGGCGUCUUAAAUGCUUGUGGCCAUGCCGGCUUGGUGAAGGAAGGCCUGAUGUGUUUCGAUCGUAUGAGAAGUGUUCACAAGGUGGAGCCCAAAAUCCAACAUUAUGGAUGCGUGGUUGACAUUCUUGGUCGGGCAGGACAUAUUAAAACAGCCAGGAAUUUUAUAAAGGAAAUGCCCAUUGAGCCAAAUGAUGCCAUUUGGAGGAGUUUGCUUAGUGCUUGUAAUAAUUAUGAAAAUUUUGAUAUUGGAGAGCCGGUAGCUAAGCAUCUAAUUGGGCUGGAUUCUGGUAGUUCAAGUUCCUAUGUGCUUCUGUCUAACAUGUAUGCUGGUUUCCAUAUGUGGGAGGACGUAAGGAGGGUUAGGACAAUGAUGAAAGAAAGGAAUCUAACGAAAAGUCCAGGUUGCAGUUGGAUUGAACUUGAGGGAAUUGUUCAUGAAUUUUUUGUGGGGGAUGAAACCAAUCCUCAAGUAAGAGAGAUUUAUUCAACGCUAGACAGAAGGCGUGCACUCAAUUCAGAUGUCACGUCUUGUUGACCCUGAGGUUGAGUUGAGACAUUCUGAAUUUGAAGCUGGCAAGCGACUGUUAAUCGACAAGUAAAUGAUUAGAUGUGGCCUUCGACAAAAGCGCACCCAUGAUCUUUUAACGUUGCAAGCUGCCAUUUAUAUUGAUAUACAAUGAUAUAACUGUGGCGUUAAGAUUUAUCUUAGCUGUCUUCUCUUUAGUGAUAUGACUAAUGAUUUCCAUGCUUAUCACCCUGUACACUAUGUGAACUUUGUACCACAACUUGUAAAUUUAGCAUGGAAGCAAAUUUAGUAAGCAAUUCAAUAUGAUUUCAUUGAACAGUCACUAUUUCAUCUAUUACAAUUCUUCCUAAAUUUAUUGAAGUAAAACAGUUAGUGUGCAUUUGGAAACAGAAUUACUUCAAUAUAACAUGUCAUAUUAUGUGCAU